AUGGAGCAACAAAUUGACUAUUCAUCCAGCUGGAACCCAUUUUCAAUCAAUCGAUGGGAUCUGCUUACUCAGAUUAACGUACUAGCCAUCAGCAAUGGCAAACACGACAACACAACUACGCUCCCUGCAGAGUCAUUUACUGUUUCGACAUGGCUACCACAUUGGAAGCUUGUCAGCUGUACAUCGAAGCAUGAGGCAUGGGGUCCAUUAUCUGGGAAAUACAAUGAUUUGACUCCAUGUUUUCUACAAGGUAUACUAUUUGGAAUCUCGUCAUUACUCAUGAUUAUUAUUGGAUCGUACCAGUUGCUUCAUUUGAGAAACAAGAGGAUAAAAGUAGCCAACAGGGUUGAUUGGAGCUUCUAUGUCAAGUUGUUGCUUGUUGCCAUUCAAUUGGUGUUUCAAGUUGUAUUAGCCGUAUCGUAUCCUUUACAUGAAGGAGGUAUAAUUGAAUCAUCACUCGUGUUGAAUAUAGUAGCUACAGUGGUGGCUUUGGGCAUUCACUAUUUAGAACAGUUUAAAUCAACAGUUCCCAAUGGGGUGUUGUUAUUUUACUGGCUAUUCCAAAUAAUUUUGAAUUUGGGGAGAAUCGUCAACUUGCAAUUGCGUCAUCAGUUUGAUCUGCAAUUUGCAGUGUUUGUGGUGUUGAGUACCGUCAAUGCAUUUGCAGUAUUAAUUAUCGAGACUGUAUUCCCCAUGAAACCAAUCAAUUACGUUCAAAGAAACAAAUUGGUGUCUCCAUACGACCGAGCCAAUGUAUUUUCAAGAAUCACUUUUGAUUGGAUUGGAGGAUUGAUGAAACGCGGAUACAUACAGUUCCUUACUCAAAAGGAUUUACCACCGCUUCCCAGUGAUUUGAAAUCAACCACAACGACAAAUGAGUUUGACUAUUAUUGGAAUAAACAACCAGCUGGGAAAAAGUCCUUGUUUUGGGCAAUCUCCAAGGCAUUUGGUGGACAGUUUCUUCUUGGUGGUGUUUUUAAAGCAGCUCAGGACUGUUUUGCAUUUAUUCAACCCCAAUUGUUGCGUUUGUUGAUUAAAUUUGUCAAUGAUUACUCACAAUCGAUGAAAGGGGGCGAACCGUUACCCUUGACUAGAGGAUUGUUGAUUGCAGUGGGUAUGUUUGUUGUGUCUAUAGUGCAAACAGCAUGCUUGCAUCAAUAUUUCCAAAGAGCAUUUGAUUUCGGAAUGAAGAUUAAGAGCUCAUUGACGUCUACAGUGUAUGACAAAUCACUUGUGUUGUCAAAUGAGUCAAAACAAGAGUCUUCAACUGGUGAUAUUGUAAACUUGAUGUCGGUUGAUGUCCAAAGAUUACAGGAUUUGCUGCAGAAUUUGCAAAUUGUAUGGUCAGGUCCAUUUCAAAUCAUCAUUUGUUUGUAUUCAUUGCAUGGCUUGAUUGGAAAUUCAAUGUGGGCUGGUGUUGCAAUCAUGGUGAUUAUGAUUCCUUUAAAUGCAGCAAUUGCUAGAAAACAAAAGCAAUUGCAAAAGACACAAAUGAAGUAUAAGGAUAAGAGGUCGCGGUUGAUUAAUGAGAUCUUGAACAAUAUCAAAAGUUUGAAGUUGUAUGGAUGGGAAGUUCCCUAUUUAGACAGAUUGAAUUUUGUGCGUAAUGAUUUGGAAUUGAAGAAUUUGAAAAAGAUGGGGAUUUUCAUGGCCACUGCCAAUUUCACUUGGAAUUUAGCGCCAUUCUUGGUGAGUUGUUCUACAUUUGGGGUAUUUGUAUUGACUCAGAAAAAGAGCUUGUCUACAGAUUUGGUGUUUCCGGCAUUGUCCUUGUUUAACCUCUUGUCAUUCCCAUUAGCUGUUGUCCCCAUGGUUAUUACAAACAUUGUUGAAGCUCAAGUAGCCGUUGGAAGGUUGACCAAGUACUUGACCAGUUCUGAAUUGCAGGAUAAUGCUGUGGUCAAAUUGCCACCAGCUACCGAAUUGGGCCAGGUUGCAGUAUCGAUCAAAAAUGGUACAUUUCUUUGGUCAAAGGCAAAAGGGGAACAAAACUAUAAAGUAGCAUUGUCUAAUAUCAACUUGAUGGCGAAAAAGGGACAAUUGGAUUGUAUUGUGGGCAAAGUUGGAUCGGGUAAGUCAUCAAUCAUACAAGCCAUCUUGGGUGACUUGUACAAAUUGGAUGGUGAAGUGGCCUUGCAUGGGAAAGUAGCUUAUGUUCCUCAAGUUCCAUGGAUUAUGAAUGGUACAGUCAAAGACAAUAUUCUCUUUGGUCAUGUGUACGAUGCAGAAUUCUAUAAACAAGUGUUAAAAGCAUGUGCCUUGACGGUUGAUUUGGCGAUUUUGCCCAAAGGUGACAGAACCGAAGUUGGAGAAAAGGGGAUUUCAUUGUCGGGUGGUCAAAAGGCAAGAUUGUCACUAGCAAGAGCAGUUUAUGCUCGUGCCGAUGUCUACUUGUUGGAUGAUCCGUUGAGUGCUGUUGAUGAGCAUGUUGGAAAGCAUUUGGUGGAUCAUGUGAUUGGUCCACUGGGUCUUUUGAGAAGUAAAUGUAAAGUGUUGGCUACGAAUAAUAUCAAAGUGUUGAGUAUUGCUGACCAUUUGCAUAUGGUCAGUGGUGGACGAUUGAUUGAGCAAGGUACUUAUGAUGAUAUUAUGAAACAAGAGAAUUCAAAGUUGAAGUUGUUGAUUGAUGAGUUUGGUAAAAAGAGGGAAGAGUCGCCAACACCUACCCCAUCGACUAGAAAGAAUGUUGAUGGCGGUGGUGGAAGUGAGAAUAGUAAACUGAAUGCUGAAGGUAAUGAAGACGGCAAAGAUUAUGAGGUUAAAGACGAUGAUGUGAAUUUGGAAGACUUGGACUCUGAUUGUGAUAUGGAUGUAAUCAGCUUGAGACGUGCUUCUGAACAACCUUUGAUUGCUGAUGAUGAACGUGACGAUGAAAUGUAUCAAGAAGAACAGCAACAGUUGGAAGAGGAAGAGGAAGAUGAAGAUACCAAAGCUAGAAAAGAGCAUAUCGAACAGGGUAAAGUAAAAUGGGAGGUAUACACCGAAUAUGCCAAAGCUUGUGGUCCUGUGAAUGUCAUUAUCUUUUUGGGGUGUAUCAUUCUUUCAUACUUGGUUAAUGUUAGUUCCACAUUCUGGUUAGAGCAUUGGUCGGAAAUCAACACAAGGUAUGGAUACAACCCCAACGUUCUCAAGUACCUUGGUAUUUACUUUCUUUUGGGUAUUGGAUACUCCCUCAGUUCAUUGAUUCAAAACAUUUCACUUUGGAUUUUGUGUACCAUUCAAGGCUCAAAGAAGUUGCACAAUUCAAUGGCAGUCAGCGUCAUGCGAGCACCAAUGACAUUUUUUGAAACUACGCCAAUUGGAAGAAUCUUGAAUCGGUUUUCCAAUGAUAUUUACAAAAUAGAUGAAGUUAUUGGAAGGGUGUUUAACAUGUUUUUCAGCAACACGGUUCGAGUAUUCAUCACUAUUGUCGUCAUUUCGUUUUCAACUUGGCAAUUUGUGUUUUUGAUUUUACCAUUGGGAAUAUUGUACGUUUACUACCAACAGUACUAUUUGCGCACAUCAAGAGAAUUGAGAAGAUUGGAUUCAGUUUCGAGGUCUCCUAUUUAUGCCAAUUUCCAAGAAUCGUUGGUUGGGGUGUCGACGAUCCGAGCAUAUGGGAAAGAAGAGAGGUUCAAGUUUUUGAAUCAAUACCGUAUUGACGAAAACAUGAAGGCGUAUAAUCCAGCAAUCAAUGCAAAUAGAUGGCUAGCUGUGAGAUUGGAAUUCUUGGGGUCUGUAAUCAUUCUUGGAGCUGCUGGGUUGUCAAUCCUCACUUUAUCUUCAGGUCAUCUUACCGCGGGUUUAGUGGGAUUGUCAGUGUCGUAUGCUUUACAAAUUACCCAAUCCUUAAACUGGAUAGUGCGAAUGACUGUUGAAGUGGAAACGAAUAUCGUGGCGGUUGAAAGAUGCUUGGAGUAUUCGAGAUUAAAGAGCGAAGCACCAGAGAUCAUCCCUGACCGUCGCCCACCUCAUGCAUGGCCUCAGGAUGGUGAGAUUAAAUUUGAACAUUAUUCAACAAAGUAUAGGCCCGAGUUGGAUUUAGUGUUGAAAGACAUCAACAUUGAUAUCAAACCAAAGGAAAAAAUUGGUAUUGUUGGAAGAACUGGAGCUGGUAAAUCAUCAAUCACAUUGGCAUUGUUUAGAAUUAUUGAAGCAUUUGAAGGUGAUAUCAAUAUCGAUGGAAUCAAGACUGAUACAAUUGGAUUAUACGAUCUAAGACACAAGUUGAGUAUCAUUCCUCAAGACUCGCAAGUUUUUGAAGGUACAAUUCGAUCUAAUCUUGAUCCAAAUGAUGAGUACUCUGAUGAUCAAAUUUGGCGUGCAUUGGAGUUAUCUCAUUUGAAGGAGCAUGUGGAGAAGAUGUAUGCUGAAAGGGAUGUGGAAGCAGGUGAGACAACAACCGAUAAUAACAGUGGUUCAAGUCAAUCACCACAAGAUGUCGUUCAUGGGGCUGAAAAAGACCGCGUUGAAACACCAUUGGAUGUGAAAAUCACCGAGGGAGGUACAAAUUUAUCCAUUGGACAACGUCAAUUAAUGUGUCUCGGUCGAGUAUUGUUGAAAUUAAACUAUUCAAACAUUUUGGUUUUAGAUGAGGCCACGGCGGCAGUUGAUGUUGAAACUGACCAAAUCUUGCAACAAACCAUACGUACUGAAUUCAAAGACAAGACAAUCAUCACUAUUGCCCAUCGUUUGAAUACGAUUUUGGAUUCUGAUCGAAUCUUGGUUUUGGAAAAGGGUCAAGUUGCCGAAUUCGAUAAACCUCAGGAGUUGUUGAAGAAUAAGGAUUCAUUGUUUUAUUCCUUGUGUAAGCAGGGUGGGUUUAUUGAAGAGGAGUAG